ACCAUCACCGUCAUCGACACCAGCAGUAUCAAUCUGCCUUUGUAAACUUUGUCGAUACACAUAAAUCAGUUCAUAAUACAACAUGUCUGGACGCGGAAAGGGUGGCAAGGGCCUCGGAAAGGGUGGUGCUAAACGUCACCGCAAGAUUCUUCGCGACAAUAUUCAGGGUAUCACCAAGCCAGCUAUUCGCCGUCUUGCCCGUCGUGGUGGUGUGAAGCGUAUUUCGGGUCUCAUAUACGAGGAAACCCGUGGUGUCCUCAAAAUUUUCUUGGAGAACGUUAUCCGUGACUCCGUUACCUACACCGAACAUGCUAAGCGCAAAACGGUUACCGCUCUUGAUGUCGUCUAUGCGCUGAAACGGUCAGGGCGUACAUUGUACGGUUUCGGCGCAUGAUCAAAGUAUUGUUUCCACUUGUCACCCAUAUGUACCAAUAGUGUCUUGAAAUUUUCUUUCACAUCAAUCAGAUUGGCCUCUUACCAUGUCCUGUCAGAGAUCCUUUAAUUUCCGGGCGAGUUCGAGGUGUGUGAUCAUCUUCGGUAACUCGGUUGUUGUAUGCUCAGU